AUGAUCGGUCUCGAGGAUUGGUUUUACAAUUUCACUCAGUUCUCGCGCGUGCAUCAAUCCAAAGAAUCGCUUGCAAACAUCCCAAAACCUCUCACUGAAGUCGCCAUCUUCGGUGCCUUCAAAGGCGCUCAACUUGCAUCUGUUAUUGGUGGUUGUAUCGUUCAUCCGAUCUAUCGUUUCUACUUGCUAGCCAAAUUAGUUCCUGAAACAACCACAAAUAAUUCAACGAAAAUCAUUCGAAAUCGAUGCCGCAGAAUUCAGGGUCGUUUUCUAUUAGGCGGUCUACUGGUGGGACCAAUGCUAUCAGUAUUAUAUGCGAAAUAUAAAUUACGGAAUGAGGAUGAAAUAAAAGAGAAAUGUUAUCAAAUACGUUGUAAUCAAGAAACGAUGACUCUUGUUUGUUUUUAUUUCUUUCUUUGA